CGAUUACUCCGCUCCGGGUUUUACGCGCUUCCCGCUCUUUUUUUCCCCCCUUCUCGCGAACUCCGGCCCCUCGCGCUCUCUCUAUCAGCCUCUCACUCCGUCUCAAUAUGUCUCAAGAUGGCGGCCAAUGCGGGAUCGAUGUUUCAAUAUUGGAAGCGCUUUGAUUUACAGCAACUGCAGAGAGAACUAGACACCACUGCUACGCUACUGGCCAACAGACAAGAUGAGAGCGAACAGUCCAGGAAAAAGCUCAUCGACCAGAGCCGCGAAUUUAAGAAAAACACACCAGAGGAUCUGCGCAAGCAGGUAGCUCCAUUGCUGAAGAGUUUUCAGGCCGAGAUCGAUGCGUUGAGUAAAAGAAGUAAAGAAGCAGAGGCUGCCUUCUUGAACGUCUAUAAGAAACUGAUCGAUGUCCCAGAUCCCGUCCCGGUGUUGGAGCUCGGCCAGCAGCUGCAGCUGAAGGUACAGCGGAUGCACGACAUCGAGACUGAGAACCAGAAGCUGCGCGAGACGCUGGAGGACUACAACAAAGAGUUCGCCGAGGUCAAGAACCAGGAGGUGACUAUCAAAGCACUUAAAGAGAAGAUCCGGGAAUACGAACAGACCCUGAAGAACCAGGCGGAGAACCUGGCGCAGGAGAAAGAGCAGCAGCUCCACAACGACUAUGCAGAGAAAGAGAGGCGAUUGCAAGAGUCGCAGGAAUCAAUGGCCUCCAGGUUGGAAGAGGCAGAACACAAAGCCCAGAAUCUACAGACAGCACUUCAAACCACUCAGGCAGAGCUGUUCGACCUGAAGACCAAGUACGACGAGGAGUCCACGGCAAAGGCCGACGAGAUCGAGAUGGUCAUGACCGAUCUGGAGCGAGCCAAUCAGAGAGCAGAGACAGCCGAGAGAGAGGCCGAGUCACUGAGGGAGCAGCUCACGUCAGCUAACAAGUCCCUACAGCUGGCCACGCAGAUCCAGAAAGCUCCGGAUAUGGAGCAGGCGGUGGAGGUGGUGUCACGCUCCAGUCUGGAGGCCGAGCUGAGUGCUAAGGAGCGGGAGAUGGUGCAGCUGGUGGAGGACGUGCAGAGACUGCAGGCCAGUCUGGCCAAACUGCGCGAGAACUCCUCCACCCAAAUCAGCCAGCUAGAGCAGCAGCUCAGUGCCAAGAGCGUCACUCUCAAGCAACUGGAGGAGAAGUUACAGGAGCAGGCCGACUACGAGGAGGUGAAGAAAGAGCUGAGUAUCCUGAAGUCCAUGGAGUUUGGGCCGUCUGACAACGCCACAGCGCAGGACUCGUCUAAACCGCUGGAGGUGUUACUGCUGGAGAAGAACCGCAGUCUUCAGUCCGAGAGCGCGUCGCUCCGCAACGCCAACACCGAGCUGAGCGGGUCAGCCAGCCAGAAAGUGAAAGAAGAGACCGCGCCACACGUCCCCACCUCUGUCAACUCAGCCCCACCCCCUCCCGCCCCUUCUCCACUCCUGGGUCGCCCAGGUAUAGGCCCGAACUCUGCCGGCCCGCCCCCGGAGUCACCUACUGCUAGCAGCGCUAAUGGCGGACAUGCUUUCUCACCAGCGCUGGACCUCUACGGUACCGCUUUCCCCCUGGCGGGUAAGGUGGCACUGGGCUCACUGCUGCAGCGCCAGCUCAUGCACACCUUCUACUCCAAAGCGCUGCAGGACUUCAGCCACACCCACUACACGCCCCUGGCACUGGCACCCGCUCCCCCGCGUCAGCCCUGUGCCAGCCCGGAUACCAACGGCACGGCGCCGUCGCCCAGCCGCUCAGAGGGCGCGGGCAGCGCUUCCGAGGGUGAGGAUAUGGACACGGCAGAGAUCGCACGCCAGGUCAAAGAGCAGCUGAUCAAGCACAACAUCGGGCAGCGAGUCUUCGGGCACUAUGUGCUGGGCCUGUCGCAGGGGUCCGUCAGCGAAAUCCUGGCACGCCCAAAACCCUGGAGCAAGCUCACCAUCCGCGGCAAGGAGCCCUUCCAUAAGAUGAAGCAGUUCCUCUCGGACGAGCAGAACAUCUUGGCGCUGCGCAGCAUCCAGGGCAGGCAAAGAGAGAGCCCAGGCCAGGCCCUUAGCCGCAUGUUUCAGGAAGGCCCGAAGCGGAGAGCCGGCUCGGAAGGCGCCCCGCGGACAGGCAACAUCACCACCCGUAUCCGCACGCCCGAAAGCGGCUCUGACGAAGCCAUCAAGUCCAUCCUGGAGCAAGCCAAGCGUGAGCUGCAGGUCCAGAAAGCAGCUGACACGACCCUGCCUCCAUCCUCAUCCAGUGGAGGAGGAGGAGGAGGAGGAGGAGGUUCGGACGAGGCCAUCCGCUCCAUCCUGGAGCAGGCACGGCGCGAGAUGGAGGCCCAGCAGACGUCCUUGUCGUCCUCGUCUUCGUCGUCGUCCUCUUCCUCCAUCUCCUCCUCCCUGUCUCAGUGCGAUCUCUCGUUAUUGUCGCCCAAAGUGUUGGCACCAUCGCCACUGGGCGCCCCCCUGACCGCCUACAGUUCUCUGGCGCUGGGCUUGAAGAAGCCUCCUCUUCUGAUUUCCUGUUCAUCCUCCUCACCCUCCUCACCUUCUCCGUCCCCUUUACUCGACUUCAGCGGCAUUAAGAAGGAGCGUCCGGCAUCUCCAGGCCAGGAUGGAGCCUCCAGGGUUCAGUGGAGGGAGCAGUGGUGGAACAACUCGCAGCAAGAGCGCAGAGCAACCGGCCUGCCCGACGAGAACCACAGCAUGGAAGACUCCAAGGAGACGCCCCCCCGGCUGCUCGAUGCCCCUCAGUACUGGAGCGAGUGGCACCACGCCGGCUCCGCCUACCCAGAGCUCAGCGGCACCCGCGUGCCAAGGCCGGCCAGAGCGCCCGUGCCCCCGCUGGCGCCCGAGCAGUGCCAGCUGUUCUCAUGCCGCGAGCUGGACACGGUGGAGCUCACCCAGCUGGUCAAAGAGAAGCUAGCCAAGAGUGGCGUAUGCCAGCGCUUGUUCGGAGAGAAGGUACUAGGACUCUCUCAGGGGAGCGUAAGUGACAUGCUGUCUCGUCCCAAACCGUGGAGCAAGCUGACCCAGAAAGGUCGCGAGCCCUUCAUCCGGAUGCAGCUGUGGCUCAACGGCGAGUUGGGACAGAACUCGGUGACUCAACCGGGACAGACGCAAGAGGGCACGCCGAAAACAUCAGGCAGCUGCAGUCCGGCCCCGGAGUCGCCGCUCAGCUCGGCCGAGGAGUCCGUGAAGAGCGGCGGCGAUCCACUCGGCAGCGCGCAGGCACCCGUUCCCGAGCCGUCCCCAUCCGGAGAGCCAGUGGAGGGCUCGCAGCCCGGUACCCCGCUACCGCUGACCAACCUCACACCCUCCGGGCUCAGCAUACAGGAAAUGGUGGCCAUGUCGCCGGAACUCGACACCUACGCCAUCACCAAGAAGGUCAAGGAGGUGCUCACUGACAAUAACCUCGGUCAGCGUUUGUUCGGCGAGACCAUCCUGGGUCUGACUCAGGGCUCAGUGUCUGACCUGCUGGCCCGGCCCAAACCCUGGCACAAGCUGAGCCUGAAGGGCCGUGAGCCGUUCGUGCGCAUGCAGCUGUGGCUCAGCGACCCGCGCAACGUCGACAAGCUCAUGGACAUGAAGCGCAUGGAGAAGAAAGCGUACAUGAAGCGACGCCACAGCUCGGUUAGCGAUGCCCAGCAGGUGGACAGUGCCCUGACGGGGUCAGAGUACGGCCCAGGCACCAGCCCUCAGCACCACCCUCAGCAGCAUCUGAAGAAGCCGCGGGUGGUCCUAGCUCCCGAGGAGAAGGAGGCGCUGAAGAGGGCCUACCAGCAGAAGCCCUACCCCUCUCCCAAGACCAUUGAGGAACUGGCAACCCAGCUCAACCUCAAAACCAGCACCGUCAUCAACUGGUUCCAUAACUACAGGUCUCGUAUCCGUCGGGAGCUCUUUAUCGAGGAGAUCCAGGCGGCAGGCUCAGGCUCGGCUUCAGCAGGCGAAGGCGGCUCCCCCUCUGUCCAUGCAGGAAAAGGAGGCGACGGUUGCGACGGCACGGAUUCGGAUGGCGCGGCCGAGGGGCGACACGAUGCCCCCGGAGACGAAAAGACCGACGACAUGCCCAAGGAGCCCACUCCGUCUAACUCGCCGACCCCGAGAGACCCCACUACCUCAGCCGCCGAAGGACCUGGCACCAGCGGGCACCAGGGCGCCACCUCUGCCCUCGGCCUGUUCAGCUUCUCGCGCAACCCCAAGGACAACAGCCUGCGCAAAAAGAAAGCCGCCAACCUCAAUAACAUCAUCCACCGACUGGAGAAAGCCGCCAGCAAAGAGGAGCCGUCCGAAUGGGAGUUCUGAAUCCUCUUCUAGUGUCCUCACACUCUAUCACGUACAAACACACACACACACCCUCCCUCCACACUAUCCCCAAUCUGACCUAGGAGGACACGUUUACCUCCUCAGGGCAUAGCCAAAGUCAAGUGCGGCCAUGAGACUUUAAUUAUUUGUUUUUUUUGAAGAGGAAGAGAAAAGAAGUGAACAAGUGCAGCAUUGGGUAUAAGAAGAGGAAACGGAUCGUUCCGGAUCCUUGUCCCGAGACGAAGCACUUAGCCGUCCCGUCGGCCACGGCGCCCUAACAAACCACCCCGGACUCAGCAUUAAGCUGCCUCGCUCAUCUAGGGCUCUUUCCUUCAAAGGCACACUUCAAGGGGAGGAUCAGCACACUCGCCUCAAAGUGCGCACGGACUCCGAGCUCUGAUUCUCCACACUGUUGAUUUGAGUUACUGUUACACUUAUUUUCUUUUAGUCUGGUUUUUGUUUGUUUCGUUUUGUUUCGUAACCGACGUGUGCGCGUAAUAUUUUCAACCUACUCCAUUAUGUCUGUUCUGAAAAACAAGAGAACAAAAGACAAAGUUACUGAAGGAAGGGAAGCGGAAGUUCAUCCUCACAUCUCCCAUCUCUCCCUCCACACCCGCCAUGUAAUGGCUGAGGACCUCCUGCAUUUCUUCACCUUCUUUUGUUACCAGGAAGUCCUCUGAUGAAGAACAAGGUUUUAUAUAUAUAUAUAUAUAUAUAUAUAUAUAUAUAUAUAUAUAUAUAUAUAUAUAUAUAUAAAUAUAAAUAUAAAAUAGCAAUUCGGUUGCCACUAAGAGAUUGCACAGUCUAUUGACUCUAAAGGACACACACAUAAAAAAAAAAAAACAAGAUACAAAAUACACACUUUUUGGAUUGACCUGAGAAAAAAAAACAACAUGUUUUAAAACUUUGGAAAGAAAAAAAAAAGAAUCACUAAUUCACAAUUUUUGUACAUCAAAAAAAAAAAAAGAUGCAAGUUUUAGAGAAGAAGAAGAAGAAAAAAAAAGGAGAAAAACGAGAAUAUAUCGUGGUAGCUGACGUAGUGAUAUUUCGUCAUGUAGAGCUCUUAUAGUGCACAUCGACUUCACAGCUUUAACAGCGCGGUUCACGCCACAUCGUCUCGCCACAUUUAGACCACGUUCAGGAAAGAUAAAAUAGGAAAUAAAAAUUUUUUUUUUAAAAAGAUGAAGCGGGGAUUUCUAACCAAUCGUGUCUAGACGCUUAAUAAGGGCGAACGAAUAGAAACGAGAGAACACGUCGGCACGUGUUGCGGGGAACGGGUCGAGGACGAGAGGAUGGUGGGGUUGUAGUACUGUACUCAUUACAUACAAGUGGUACUGUUAAGUCUUCGGGGGCGGGGUUUCGUUUUUCCUCUGACAUCGCCAAGAGAUGCACAGUUCACUUUAUGAAUAAAUCGAUAAGAACGACGACAGAAGAACACGCGCUCCACGAUUUGGCCGUGAUCCGGGCGUGGGAGGAGUGUGUGUGUGUGUGUACUGUGUGUAUGAGAAUUUUAAGGGGAUGCCGUGCAAAUUUCAUUCCCUCCACCGCUUUCCUCCCUAUAAAGUCUAUAAAGGGUACCUGCGAAGAGUUACCAAAAGUACUGUUACAUACUGAAUCGAGCACACGCAAGCACCAAGUACACGAUACCAAAGUAUUGCUUCAUGUUUCUUAACGAGAUGCGUUUCUUCCUUUAAAGAAAAGAAAAGAAAAGAAAAG